UCGUAUGUGAACGAAUGCCUCCGGAUUUGGCGAAGGUGUUGUCAAUAGAGGAGAUUCCUUCCGGAGAAGAAGAUCGAGAUCGAAUUCUCUGGCGCCUGCUGAGCAAGAAAACGAAGUACGGCGAUUACCACCCAAGGAAGUUGCUUCGCACAAUGUCGCUAUGUUGGGCACAAGAGGAGUUGGAAAAACUGCUCUUAUCAGUCAAUUUAUGACUAGUGAAUGUAUAAAUGCCUAUGAUAGGCAAAGAGAUGUGCCGAGUGAACAAUCCGUUUUUGUGAUGCUAAACGGAGAAGAAAGUGAACUUAAAUUUUUAAACAUUGCUAAUCCAAAGACCGAAUUGGAAAAAAUGCCAUUGCCGGACGCCUUCGUUGUAAUGUAUUCAGUGAUAGACAAGGCAUCCUUUCAAAGAGCCGAGGAAUAUCUCGCUCGACUUCACGAUCAAGAUCUUCUUCGUGGUAGACCGGCUAUUCUGGUCGGAAACAAGGUCGAUUUGGUUCGUUCUAGAGUGGUUUCGCCCCAGGAUGGGAAAUGUUUGGCUUGCACCUACCGUGCAAAAUUCAUCGAAGUGUCAGUAGGCAUUAAUCAUAAUGUCGACGAGCUCUUGGUCGGUAUACUCAACCAGAUUCGUUUGAAAGUGGUACAAGGAAACCAGGAACACCGAAACAGCAGUGGCGGCAGCGAAGGCAGUGGCCACUGGUACAAAUCCAGAGGUGUCGUGCGCGCUAGCAUGAAAGCCAGACAAAUGCUGACCUGGCUGUUCGGCAAAGAAGAUAGUAAGUUCAAGAAUUGCGAGAAUCUUCACGUACUUUAAAUCAUAGCGAUAAGAAAUUGCAGGAAUCGAAUUUUUGUUUUUCCGAUUUCUGUUUUAUUAGUAAGUACGACGCGCAUAAUUUCUGGAAUUUUUUUCUCGAAGGAAAUUCUAUUAACAUUCACAAAGUUUUUAAAAACUGAAGGAAUUUCUACGUGUAAGGGAAGACAAAGUAAGAAUUGUGAGAAUGUAGUCUGAAUGUAUAGAACGAAUAUAACUCAACAAAAUGUAGUUUAAGAUUUUGAAUCAAACGUGAUGUUUACAUAAUGGUGUACGAGAAUAUUUUGUUAUUCUAGGGAAAACGGGGUCCGAGGACCAAAAUGAAUAUAAUUAUAUAAUUAUCGGAUGAACGAAGAGUUUAUAAAAUAU